AUGACAGCAGCAGCGCAGGGGUUACAAGAUCAAAGUGUUUCAAUAACUGGUAAAGGUGUGAGAGUUCCAACUGAGAAGUCACAGUUGCCCGAACAAAGCUCACCGGAACAAAGCCCACCUGGUACGAUGUACAGAUCUCAAAACUCUGAGUUGAAGAGGGUAAGACAGUCAAGUUCAAGCUUCAUGCAGCAGCCCUCAAUUAUAGAAUCAGUCUCCAUGAAUGAGCUUUUGUUGACCACUUACUCUGGGAGGUCAUCCAUUGCCUCGGGCAAGCAACCUCCAAGUGAAGCUGGCAUCAACAGGAUCCCGUGGUACAUUGCUGCGCUUCAUGAAAAGGAGCAAAGUAUUUUGAAUCUGGAGGAUAGGAUAAACAGUCUCUCAGUGUUUGAGGUAGAGUCUGCAAGAAAGGACCAAGUGAUCUCAGAACUCCGGGCAGACGUAGCUCAAUUGACACACCAAGCAACAGAAUCAUCAAUCAAUAAUAUCAUCGAAAAACAGACUGAAAUAAUUCUUACGCUGCAAGAUAAGCUAAAUCGCAAGGAGCUCUUUGAAGCCGAGAGUAAGCGGAAAGACGUUGUGAUCAUUGAUCUGAGGAAACAGAUACACCAACUGAAGAUGAAAAAUUGCCACUGGGAUGUUCAGCAAAUAAGAGAGAUAGCGACAGAUACGUCACUUCUGCCACAGGAUGAAGAGAUAAUCCUUCACAUAAAAGAUUAUGAGGCAGAAGAGCAGGCCCCGAUAAAAAGGGUCAAAAUUCUGAAGGCUCGGAAAACUCGGGAUGCCCAGAAAGGAGAACAAAGGUACAGAUACGAGGAAGAAUCGGAAGACAGCAGAGAUGAACUGGAAAAUGUGGAGAAAAGUAGCAAAGAGGAAAAGGAACAAGAACAACAGGAAGAGGAACAUGUUGAACAAGAAGAGGAACAUGUUGAACAAGAAGAGGAACAGGUUGAACAGGAAGAGGAAAGUGAUCAACAAGAAGUGGAACAAGAGGAGGGUAAAGUGAGGGCAGUAAUGUUUCAUGCCACUGGACAAUUUGGUCAAGAUGUGUUACAGCAUGAUGAAGAUCUCAUUGAGCAGAUCGAGCAGCUGAAGGAGCAGAUUGACAUCCAGCUGAAUCAUAACGAAAAACAGAGCCACGAGCUGCAGAGUGCUAUCGAGAAUUAUAACAUUUCCAUAGGAACAAUCAUCUCUUUAAGGAAGGAACAGUCAAAUGUAGAUAACCAGCUGCGGAGCUCGAACGCGGAGGUGGAGAGAUUACAGAAAGAGCUGCAGGAAAGAACUGUUCAAAUCCAGGCUAUGUCCAAUAAGUUUUCCAAUCUCAAGGAGGAAAAGAAACAUAUUCAGAUUAUGGCAGAUCUGCAAAAGGAAAACUUCAGACUAGAGGAGCUGGUUUCUGAGCUGCAGCAGGGACUGGCUAAGAAGACAGAGCUCUCAACAGAGAUGAAGAAUGAGAUUAAUGACUUGCAGCUCCGCAUCACAGAUGAAGACUUGAAGUUCAAGCAAUUCCAGAUGGAACACAAUGACCUGCUGGGGAAAUUAGCCCUCCUGCGACACACUGAGCAACAGACACAAGUCUUAAUCGAACACCUGCAGAUCAGGUUUGAUAAAAUCCGAACCAAAAUAAUGCAGGCUGUGCACACCUCACUGGGGACCACCCGCAUCCAAAACCUCAUCACCGACAAGGACAUUCUCGAUGGCAUGCAGAAAAUAAUCACAGACCGCAUAGAUUUUCAUCAGUUACUGAUGGACAACGGAAUCCCAGUGUCGCCCCUCUUUAUAACAGAACCAGGGCAGAGUCGAGUCAGUCUGCAGUCCCGGGACUAG